UUUACUUUCAUCGGGUUGUUGUUGUUCUUCCUCUCUCUCUCCUUCGUGGUGUCGUCGCCUCUCAUCCAAAGCUUUAGCGAGGGAAGGGAUUCAGGCCGUGAUGGUGGGGAAAGGAGGCGAGGCCGCGGCGUCGGCGCAGCACAAGGAGGAGCACGAGGAGGACGGCGACAUGGUUGGAGUGGUGAAGCUGAUCAGCGCCGAGGGUUUCGAGUUCGUCAUCGACAAGAAGGCAGCCAUGGUCUCCAACACCCUCCGGAACAUGCUCACCUCACCUGGUGGCUUCGCGGAGACGCGCGAAGGCGAGGUGAGGUUCCCUGAGAUCAGCACCGCGAUCCUAGAGAAGAUCUGCCAGUACUUCUACUGGUCGCUCCACUACGCCAGUGGGAAGGAGACGGCGGAGUUCCCGAUCGAGCCAGAAAUAACGCUGGAGCUGAUGAUGGCUGCAAACUACCUCGACACUUAGCCUGGAAAACUGCAUGGUUGUUGACAAGAUGAAUCCAUCGUCCACUUGGGUUCAUUCAGUAGAAAAUGCGAUGUUCCACCAUUGUGCUUGCCUUGUCUCACUACAGUAUAUGGGCUUAGUAAACUAAACUGCUAAGGUUGCGAUGGAUGUAUCGCGCGGUUAGUAGCAUGAAUCUGUCGUUACUGGACUUAACAGCUUGGCCGGGAUCAGAUCUUGUUGUUGUGUCAUAUCAAUCAAAACUGAGGCGCGACCAGAUCUUAUCAGCUGUA